ACAUUUGCUAGCUUGGUCUCGGUCUUAGUCUCUUCCCUUGGCGCUGAUUGGCUGAAAUAAUAAGUGACGCAAGAGUUUGUUUACGUUUGCCAGCGGUAACGUACACACGCAUUCUGUACGGGGCUAGAAGGGAUUUUUAGUUCCAUGGCCUGACCAGCCCCCCUAAAACACUGAAGAAGAAGUCAGCUGCCAGUCCCCCAAAACACUGAGAAGGGGGAUGAGGUCACCAUUGCCUCCAAGAUGAGUGACCCUGACCUGCGCGACCUCCAGACGGCCAUCCUGACCUUUGACCCGGGGGCCGUGAGGUCAGCGCUGGACUGCUAUGACCCGGCUGGCAAGAAGCGGCCGUGGUGCUAUGAGGAUGGCUCCACACCCCUCCACAUCAUAUGCAAGUCUGGACCAUCCUACAUCCCGUCCUGGCCCACCACCGACAUCCAUCCAGACAUCCUUGAGGUGAGGGGUGAGGUGGAGUGGGAGCCUGCCCCCACCCCUCCUGCCCCACCAUGGAGUGAGGGGGGCGGGGGCGAAUGGUACCAUCGGCGACGCAUGUGUGUUGUGUACAUGCUGUGUGAUGCCGGGGUGGAGGUGAACGCUGUGGACGGGCAAGGGCGCACCCCACUCCACCUUGCUGCCAGGAGAGGUGACGCAGCGCUGUGUGAUGCGCUGCUGCAAUGUGGCGCUGACCUGGAGGUGCAGCACAAGGGACGGCCGCUGUGGCUGGAGGUGGCGGCCGCAGCACAGAGAGAAAAGCUGUGCGGGGCAGAGGAGGAGGAGACAGAAAAGAAAGAUGCCAAAAACAAUAAAGAGAGAGCAAAGGAAGAGCAGAGAGAGAAGGAACAAGACAGGCUGAAGGAAAACCAAGACUGCAGAAAUAAAGAGGACAAAAACGAGGAAUGUUGCCCGGAUUGCCCACUUACCCCGCCAAGCCGCCCACCCCGCCACCCUGCCCAGACUGUGUGGCGGCUGGUCAGAUUCUACUGGCCUGGGCUGUGGCGUGCUGUGGUCACCGAGGAUGUCAACAAGGUGAGGCAGCUCAUCAACACCUGGUGCAAGGUUGACCUGACCCGGGGCGGCGUGACCUUACUGGAGGCGGCGCAGGGCACGGCCAAUGAGACCAUCACGUCGCUGCUGCACUCCAUCCAGCCCUCUCUGGCUCUCGUCCAUUCCUGCCUGGCCAACAACCUGCCAUCCGUGCGUGCCCUGCUGGCCUCACCUGCCCACACCAGACUCAACUUGGACAUCCGGCGGCUGAGUGAGCGGGCCGCCCCCCUGCUGUACUUUGUGGUGCGCGCUGGACACCACCACAUCGCCUCGGAGCUCUGCCAACAUGGUGCCUCAUGCCUCGCCCACAUGCUGCCUGAUCCUGGUGAUGGGGGGGUGGAAAGUGCAGUGGUGUUUGAGGCGCUGGAGCCGUGGUUGCCUCCUGCCGUGGUGACGAGCUUGCUGCCGCACCCCAAUACACCACAGGCCCAGGCGCUGGCGAGGGUGUGUGGCCGGAGGGGGGGCAGUGUGCUGAGGGUGGCCAUAGAGAAGGGGGUGGCGGCCAAGGUGGUGGAGGCCAUUGUGUGUGUCGGUGGCGCAGGGCUGGUGUGUGAGCGCGACCCGGCUGGCCACACACCCCAUGACCUGGCCUUGUGUCUGGGUCAGGAGGACUUGGCUGACCUUCUCGACCGCCUCACCCUGACCUGGCUGACCCCUCGUCCCGCCCCCCCUGCCCUCACCCUGGCCCUGGGGGGAUAUGGGCGACUUAGGGUGCUGGGUAGGGAGGGUGAAGGGGGGGAGGGGGAGGUGGAGAGACUGAUGAAGGAAUAUGAGAGAAGUCAGGUGUUCCUCAGGCGGGUGUACGAGGCUGUGGCGGAGGGUGUGGAGGUGGAUGCGUUGGCGGAGGUGAUUGGUGGCUUCCACAGCGACGCCUUCCACAUGUGUGACCUGCUGUGGAUGGGCCGGCUGGAGGGUGAUGGCAUGCCUCUCCUCCAUUGGGCAGUCCUUCACGCUCAUCUCGGGGCACUCCAGCUCAUCCUGCACCCCCCACCAAGCACCCCGCCACCCCCUCACCCCCCACACACCACCAGGUUCUGCCCGGAUGAGGUGCGUGACCCCUGGCGUCGCACCCCCCUCCACUAUGCCCUGGGCCUGCCGCGAGGGGAGGUGGAGUUGGCCCUCGCUGCCACCCUCCUUGACACUGGCUGCUCAGAACACACCUUGGACAUGUAUGGUCGUGAGCCCCUGGACUUUCAGGAUGUGCGAGGAAGCCCAGCCAUGGAAAACCUCCUCGAAAACCUCAGAAACAAGGUGUACAAGCCCCCAAACCCCGACCCAUGGGACCCUGAGGUACUGCGUUCACACCUGGAGCACCUUAGAAGACAGCGCUAUCAACACCACCAUCACCACAAUCACCACCACCACCACCAACAACAACAACAACAAAACAACAGUGUCGCCAGGUUCACAACACCUCCUGGGAGUGACUUCAACUGGCCUCUCCCCGCACAUGGUAAGGAAGAGGAUAAAGAGGAAGAGGAGGAGGAGGGGGAAGAGAGGGGAGGUGGAUGGCGAGUGUGUAGUUUAAUGUGAUGUAGUUGUGUAUGUGUGAGUAAUUACAUACAUGGUUUUGUUUACCUGAUUGUGAUAUGGGCUAAUUGGGAAAUGCCACUCCUAUGAUUGUGAACAGUUUAUGAGUCUCGUACUUACUUUUUAAUGUACUUUUCGGAUGGCAAAUUAACCUGGACGAACACUUCCAGGUCCUUUUACUAUUACUGUUUUUGUCAGGUGGGUUAUGGUCAUUUUCUUUCUUUCCUCCCUUCGUUCCUCCUUCUCCUACCCCCUUCCUCUUCAACCUCUUUCUUCACCCUUUCAUUCAUCCUUCUAAGUUCAUAUUCCAUUUCCUUUCCCUCCCUCUUCUAGCAAAUAACUCAGUGAUGGCCUCUUAGUGCAGUUACUCAGUUAGUCUAGUCAUUGUGUUCGCCAUCGCUGUUUUUUCUUAAAGUUUUGAUGCCGUAACAAAUUAGUGUGCAAUAGACAGCCUUGAAGUGAAUGUUGUUUGUUCUUUUCAUUCACAACGUCUCCUUCACACACAAACACAUCAUCCUGUCAUUUGCCCUUAUUUGUAUACAUGUUUUCCAUAGUAGGUUUUUGUACAGACAGCCUUGAAGUGAAUGUUGUUUGUUCCUUUCAUUCACUUCAUUCACAACAUUUCCUUCACACACCAGCACAUCAUCCUGUCAUUUGCCUUUAUUUGUAUACAUGUUUUCCGUUGUAGGUUUUUGUCGUUGAAGUUUUGAUGUAAUGACAGGACUAGAUUGUAAGGAAUUUCAAGUCAGUGUCAGUAAUAUCGAACCAUCCAUUCUGCUCACGAUAUGUCCUUAAUGCAAACACAGCUUUCGGAGUUGACGAAUUUGUUCUCACGUGUGUUGUGUGUUAACACAAAGUUUUGAUGUUACGAUGGCUGUUGUAUAGUUGACUUAAGCUAAAGGUUUUUGAUGAUUGCUGUCCAUGCAUAAUAUUUUCUUUAUAUUGUCACCUUUAUAAUCAAAAUGCCUAAGUAAUUUUUCCUACUCUUUAGAAAAUAAAAAAAAUCAUUUUUUCAUUCAUCUUAUGAUAAGGCAGAAAUAAUAUAGCAAAUUUUACAAAACUCAGACCACGAAUGACAAAGUCAAUAAUACCAAAUUGUUAAUCACAGGAUGAAAAAUUGAUGUAGCCAAAAAUCUGUAAAUCAUAAAAAAAAUGAUUUAGGUAGUUGAUUUACAAGGGUGACUGGGUUGACCAUCUGGGUUGGAGUCAACGGGUGAGUGAGACACACCUGGUGUAUGCUUUCUGUUUGUUUAUCUAAGAUUAUGAUAUGUAAUAAUACUCAUAAUAAUAUCUUUGCCACAAGGUUUUGAUGUUACGACUGGCCGUUAUAUAGGGAACUUAAAUUUAAGGUUGAUAAUGGUUUCUACUUUGUAUUUCCUUCAUUUGUACUGAUAGCCUUGCCGUAAUGUGCACCCAUCUAGCCUUUCACGAACAUGGAUGCAGACAGACUUGUUACUCUUAGACAAAUAAUCAAAUGUCACUAAUUAUUAUUGACGUCCACUCUAUGAUAUAUUUCUUGCAAAUGUAAUAAUAAUGGUUUUCACGCCAUAUUUAUUGUGUACAUAUUCGGUCGUUUGCAAACAUGCACGUUCUCUCUAUCUUGGUGUUUUGAGUCU